CUUUUACUGUGUGUGUAUAAAAGCCUGCAAGAGAGUGAAACAAAUAGGGGAACAAAUUAGUACAAAGAAAAGGAAAAAAGAGAUACAGGUAAUGUAGAAAACCCAGAAAGAAGUGGCUCCUACCACAGAGAGAUAAGUGAAUGAGUGAGAAUCAUGUGAUUCGCCACCUCUUUCUUUUCUAUGAAUCCAAACAGCCAUAAAUUUCUCCGCCAACAAACAGUACUUUUUCUUUUCCCUUUCUUUGGAGGAUAUUUAUUGGUUUUAACAAGCUUGGAGAGGUUUGUUUGCUUUGUUUUGUCUGGGAAUGGCUUCAAGUGCAUCAAGGUUCAUCAAAUGUGUGACAGUGGGAGAUGGGGCUGUUGGGAAGACAUGUAUGCUUAUUUGCUAUACAAGCAACAAAUUCCCUACUGACUAUAUACCCACUGUGUUUGAUAAUUUCAGCGCAAAUGUUGUUGUUGAAGGCACCACUGUCAACUUAGGCCUGUGGGAUACUGCUGGGCAAGAAGAUUAUAAUAGGCUAAGGCCCUUGAGCUACAGAGGGGCAGAUGUCUUUGUUCUCGCUUUCUCCCUUGUUAGUCGGGCGAGUUAUGAGAACAUAUUUAAAAAGUGGAUCCCUGAACUUCAGCAUUAUGCUCCCGGAGCUCCAAUAGUACUUGUUGGUACUAAAUUGGAUCUUCGUGAAGAUAAGCAUUAUUUGACUGAUCAUCCUGGAUUGGAGCCUGUGACCCCAGCACAGGGUGAGGAACUCCGUAAACAUAUUGGUGCUUUAUAUUACAUUGAAUGCAGCUCAAAAACUCAGCAGAAUGUGAAAGCAGUUUUUGAUGCUGCAAUCAAGGUAGUCAUCAAACCACCACAGAAACAGAAGGAGAAGAAGAAACAGCCACGGCGAGGAUGCACAUUAAAUAUGUUUAGUGGAAGGAGGCUGCUGUGCUUGAAAUGAAGUUUCACCCUCUUUUGGAAUAUGUAUAUCCUCCUUGUUCAUCGUUUCCAACAAGCUAGUAGGCUGCCUCGCAAAGAUUCUUCUGACAGGACUCGCGGUUUUUUUUAAAAAAAUUACGGGGACAACUUGUUAUAGUAGAUUUGCAGCGUCUGUUUUCCAGAAUGUCACACUUUGUGUUUUAGUUACCUAGACGAUUUUUUAUUGGUGAUGAUCUACUCAUUGUGAAGAGGUGCAAA